CUCGGACAAGAGCAGCAAGUUCAGACGCGGUGCUCCGUUCUGCUCCGUACGUUUCCCUGUCUGCCGGUGGCGCUGAACGGUUACAGGCACGCGGAACGGAGGGGGGCUGGGAUGCGCGUGAGAGAGAACAGAACGAGAGAACCGGACGGGGGAGCGCGAGCAUGUAGCAGAUCUGUUUCUCUUCCAAGGCGACGUGUUCCGAACAGAAAAGAGAAUGAGAAGCAAAAGAAGGAUUAGCUUUAGUUUAUAUUCGUGAAAGGACGAAUGUGGGAAAUACAGCGAAUAGAGACCGGAUUUACGGUUUAAUAUCAACGGAAGAACUUAUUUCACCCAAGACACAUCUGGAAAUUGUCGGUCUUCAGACGUUCACUGCAAGCAGCAGCUUUCGAGACUCCAGGGUAGGGGCUGUAGUGGAGGAGAGUAGGACCGGGAAGGAGCUGGGUCUUGGGGAUGAGAGGGCCCUGUUCUGUUCCUGUCUCCCCCAGAGAACCAGGAGAACACUGGGACUCACUAGCAGAGUGUGUGUUGGGUUCCUGUCCGGCGUUGUCCUGGUGCCAUGGCUCUGGUCCAGACCCUGCCUGUGUCCGUGACUGACCAUCCCAAGCCUCCUAGCAGCCUUGACGUCGUCUCCCUGUCCCCCGUGGUCGGAGGGCCCUGCAUAUCCUGUGGUCCCGGAGCAACCAUGGGCUCCGUCAGCAGCCUCAUCUCCGGACGGACCUAUCAGGAGCAGCGACACUGCCGGGCCGCCAGCGAGUUCAGCGCCAAGCCACGCCGUAACACCCCAACCACCAGCUGUUUCCGUCUCCAGGGCGACAGCAACACUCUCCGCAGUGGAAGCUCCCUGGAACAACUACUGGUCAUCAACAACCAGACCCAGCUCCAAACCACCCAACCGCAGCCGCCACCGCUACCCACCAAGAAGCAGCCCCGGGCGGGUAACUCGGCCGGCGGGGCUGUGGGUGGUGGUGGUGGUGGUGGUGAUGCCGGAAAUGGGAACCAGGGAUUUGUGACUGUGGGAGACUGGAAUGAUAACCGUGCUGUGACAGUCGGCAGUCCAUGUAGCGACUCAGACGAGCAAAAGGAUAAAAGAGGUCUAAACGGAAACAUUGGCGGUCCACCACCUAAACUCAUCCCUGUGUCCGGAAAACUGGAGAAGAACAUGGAGAAGAUUCUGAUCCGUCCCACGGCAUUCAAACCGGUGGUCCCCAAGAAUCGUCACUCUGUGCAGUACCUUUCCCCCAGACCAGGGGGCAGCCUCUCUGAAAGCCAGGGAAGCCUCAAUCUGCUCCUGCCUAUGAAUGGGAAUAAUGGGAAUAUGGUGGUUAAUGGCACAGGGAGCUAUGGCAACGUCGUAUCCCUGGUAUGCUCUUCCUCCGCCUCGUACACCGGAGGACGCAACGCUCGUAGCAGCCAGUCCUGCUCUAUGUCAGACUCUGGACGUAACUCCCUGUCCAGCCUCCCAACCCACAGCAGCACCAGCUAUAGCUUGGCCCACAGCGAAGCCUCCGGGUCAGGCUUAGGAUCUGGGGGGUCCGGGGUGGGCCUGGAGCCUGUGACCGGGAGAACCGCGAUUACCACCGGAGGGUCGGGGACCAAUGGAGGUCACGUUCACUCCUCCUCCCAUGGUCACUCAAACUCGGACAGUGGGCGAUCAUCGUCCAGUAAGAGCACAGGGUCGCUGAGCGGGCGUGGCCAGCCCCUGUCGGACAGCGGUUCUUGCGGACGCUCGCCUCCUCUCCUGGAGGGUUACGAGGGAGUGGUGAGGGAGCUUGAGGAGAAGCUGAGGGAGAGGGACCUGGAAUUGCAGCAGCUCAGAGAGAACCUGGAUGAAAACGAGGCUGCCAUCUGUCAGGUGUAUGAGGAAAAGCAGCGUCGAUGUGAGAGGGAGUUAGAGGAGCUGAGACAAAGCUGCUCUUCUAAGAUGAAGCAGGCAACACAGAAGGCCCAGAGGGUACAACAGGCCUUACAACUACAGGUGUUUCAGCUGCAACAGGAGAAAAAGAAGCUCCAGGAGGAUUAUUCCGCUCUGAUGCAGGACAGGGAGGUGCUGGAGAAAAGGUGUGCCUCCAUACAGAGAGAACAGACCCAGCUGGGACCACGUCUAGAGGAGACCAAAUGGGAGGUGUGUCAGAAGUCAGGCGAGAUCUCCCUCUUGAAACAGCAGCUGAAGGAACUUCAGUCAGAGCUGAGCCAGAAGGGUGGCGAGUUGGUGGUCCUGAAAUCCCAGCUGAGGGAGGCCAGGACUGAUCUCCAGAACAGCCAGGCUAAAGGGCAGGAGGCUGGGUCGGCCCUGCGAACACGUUCCCUGGAGCUGGAGGUCUGCGAGAAUGAGCUGCAGCGGAGGAAAAGUGAAGCUGAGCUGCUCCGUGAGAAAGUUGGACGCUUGGAGGAGGAGUCUACCCGCCUCCGAGAGGCCCUGGCCAAUCACGGGGGAGCUUAUCUUCCUGGAGGUCAGCCCCCAGCCACCAAGAGCCAGUGUAUGAGCCUGCCCCUCCCCCAGGGGCGCGGUGGAGGACGAGGGGUGCCCAGCCCGUCUGUGCUGUACCGUGAAGUGGAGGAGAGUAGGCUGGGGUGGGGGGGGGAGAGUGACGAGGCCAAGGCUCAGAGGCAGAGUGUUGAAGCAGUGCUGGGACUCAGGCAACAGGUGGAAAGGUUGAAGGCAGAGCUGAUGUACGAGAGGAGGAGCAGUGAGGAGCAGUUAGGGGGGUUUGAGGAGGAGAGGAGAGUCUGGCAAGAGGAGAAGGAAAAGGUGAUCCAGUACCAGAAACAACUGCAGCAGAACUACAUUCACAUGUACCGGAGGAACCGGGACCUGGAGAGGCUGAUGAGAAAACUCAGUUUAGAGCUGGAGAACAGAGACGCAGAGGAAUACGCUGUCCAUAGCAAUGACAUCCACUUUGAGGAGAUCACCGCUACUGAGAUCUAGAAGGACCACACGGUUGUUCUCUAACCACAGAGAGAUUUGGAGAUCUGAUGGGGGUGUCCUGUAGCCCCAUAACUUUGAGUCCUAACACCGUAAUAUGAUCAGAUUUUCACAUCACUGCUACUGAGAGGACGUCUCCAAGUGGAUCCCCAUUCCCUAUUUAACGCACUACUUUUGGCUAGAAAACAAUCUGGUGUUUUAAAUGACUACAGAGGGAGUACCUGGGCUUUGUUUGACACAAUGUACUUUUUUGCGUCGUAUAUACAAAGACCCUACUACACAUUGGUAGGUCCCCUCUUCUUAAACCACGCAGGAACUGUGGAUUCUUCACAGACUUGAAUGAAAGUCCAAGGUAUAUUUCAGAGAGUUCAAAAGUGCACGCUCUCUCUCUCCCGUUUUCACCACUGACUUUCAUAUCAGAGAUACAAGUGUUUUCAAAGGUAUUGAUGUUUUAUCUGCCGGGCCAGUGGGGAAAGAUCAAGGAUGUUAUUGCUGAGACAGUGUGUCCGGGUGCUGUAACGGUAAUGGUAGAUGUGAACGGGCUCAGGCGGCUGGUCCACCGCAGGCCAAGAAACCAUCGGCGGAGGUGCUGGCACGGCUGCUGGUACUUUCAGGUAGCCGUCUUGGAUGCGUGAGCACAUGCUGAUCUAUCAGGGAUGUCAGUGGACCGCCGGAUCUGUGAGGUCACAGCAGUGUGUAUCAGCGAGGUCGGCGGGUUCGUAUAACUGCGAGGUCAGGGUGGUGUGUCACUGGGGUCGGGGGUCAUGUUGCAGUGAGGUCAGGGCUGUGUAUCAGUGAGUAUGUGGUGGCACUUGGCCCAAUGCCCCCCCCCCCCCCCCCAACAUCCUUGUAGAACUGUGCUGUUGUCUCCGUGGCCUCUCUCAGUGACACACACUCUGGACUGCGAAUACUCUUUGACACUGCUCCCCUCACUCACUCCAAUUAGAAAAGCCAAAUAAAACAUCCAAGUCUUCCUGUUUAUUCCGGACUGUGAGGUCCACUCACUGACAUGUAGAUUAGGUGGAUGCCAUGAUUGUAUGGUUUCCCCUUGUCUGGGAGAACCGUCCAGGUAGUAGUGAGGGUUCGUGCUGGACAGUGCAUGAUGGGAUUAGCAUUAGCCAGGCAGGUGAUUAGGGAACUGUUUAGAGUGGUGAUGUUAUGGCCUUGGGUGAGGUAAACCUCUGGCAUCUCAGCCGCCACUGGAAACCAUAGAAAUACUAGUGCUGGACUGAAAUUAUAUUUCUAUGCUGGGAACCAUUGAUAAAGAUGGAAGUCCGCUGUUGUGCUUCCUCCUAACAAGGGACUGAGCUAGUGGUCUUUUAUAGAAACCGGUAGACCAGAGUCUAUACAAAGGCAUUUAAAGGAAGAAUGGAAUCAAUAUGAUCUAUGAUGAUGAUGAUGUAUAUUUUUUAUAGCACCUGAAUAUAUUUUGUGGUAGCAGCACCGGUACCAUUGUGGGUUUAAUAUCCAAAGUAAAAUAAAUAGUUGUAUAUUAUCUUAACAGCACUACACAUCCCGAUGAGAUGAUCAAUCCCAAUCGAAGUGGGUCUGGAAAGACAGGAGCGGGUAUUACAAAACGUCUGUUUUCACACUGUCUUGAACAAACACAGAGUCAAGAUUCAAAUUCCACCAGUUGUUGCCCAAGAUGCACUUUGAUUUAACAUACCUACAGCAAUAUUGGAGAUUUACAAUAUGGUGAAUGGUCAUCCUGGUUCAGUGCGAUUGAUUUUCCGUUUGGCUUGUCAUCAUCAUCAAUGUUAUCCAUAUCACACAAUAUCAUCUUCCUCGUUUCAUGUGUUUGUCAUCUUCAGACUACAAUUAUAAGCAUACAAAGUAUUAACAUACAAAGCGUAAUCAAAAUAAUAUCUCCACUACGUGCGUGUUCAUCACAUAGAAAAAGGGAAACAGGGAAAACGUUUUCCACAAUUCAAGAUGUAUCUUUGAGGAGUGGAACGUAAUACACAUCCAAUAGAAUGCGUGCAUGCGAGCCUGUCCUCCUUCCCUUGGCAAAGACUGUCAACAUUGACUAUGCUUACAUGCACACUAAAAGUUGACACUGAGCUGAUUAGGGUGAUUCUUUGAGUUGGGCGUACGGUCACAUAAACACCUCUGAUUGUCGAAGGUCAUAAGAGAAGUAAUCCUAAACUAGCAAAAACUGCUGCAACUAGCACUAGUGACAUCAGAAAUUAAUGAAUCAUUUGCUAUUAUAACUUUAUUUGCCCAAACUCAAUCAAAAUAGGAAUCUGAAAAAAGAUGAUCUGUGUUAUAUUUAGUUCUAAUUUCCUACAUUUUCACAUUUCCAUCAGGUAUGUCCAUAUGAACCAGAUUGGUGGGGAAAUAGUUUUAGCAAAGCAUGUAAACGUUUUAAUCAAACUUUUAUAUUAACAAGAGUAUUUUACAAUUAUUGUAUUUUUGGAUACAUGUUAAUGUACCCACCAACAUGUUUUAUUUCCGUCCUAUCCUCUGUCACAGUUUGGAUGUAGCAUUGCGUUUCACUCCGUCAGGUGGAACAAGUAGUACAAAUGUAGUGAACUGUAAAGGACACCCUCAGUCAAAGCACAGUGCAAUCUGGGUGGCCUUUUUCACAUAUCACAGCUUUAUAACCCAAUAAUAACAAUAUUCUUUGUAAAAAUCUAACAGCGAAUGAGAUAUAUAGAGCAACAUAUUCUAGUCCUUCACGCAUACAAAAAUAUAUAUUUGAAAUGUAGUCAGGGCGACUAGACCAAAGCAAUGUAAUGCGUUUGUUUUUGUCAUGUUACUUUUUUUUCCGUAGUGUGCUAAAAAUAUUCAAUCAUAUUUUGUGUUUUCAGUGUUACGUUUCUUUAUUAAUCCAUGAUGUUUGUGGUUCUUUCUGUAUAUUUCCAUGCUGUAAAUGUCUUGUACAAAAUUACUUUGUUUUUAAUUAAAGAUACAAAAUGUCA